AUGUCACUGCCGUCCGGCGGAGGAUACUCGUCCAAGUCGCGCAGCCCGUGGUCCCUGAAAUACGACGGCACCAGCAGCAGCAGCGGCAGCGGCAGCAGCAGCAGCUCCUCGCACCACCGUCACGACGGGCCAAUGAGCAAGCAGCGCGCCGCGGCGCUUGAGAUUGUGGCAGCCUUCAACCGCAACAACAUAGAGACGCAGACCAUUGCGUCGUUCCGCGCGCCUAACUUCACGCGCGAGGUCUUGCCCGCUAGCCUGAACCAGACGCCGCAGGAUGCCGACGGCUUCCAGCGCACGCUAAACAUGUACCGUGCCGUCUUCAGGCACUACGCGCUCGACGUGCUCGAGGUCGUGGACGACGUGCCCGGCAGGAAGGUGUGCCUCUGGUUAACGGCCAGGGCAGACACGGUCGGUGGCAAGUACGCGUGCGACAUGAUUUGGACGCUGACCUUUGACGAGACGGGCACAAAGGUUGUGCUAUGGAGGGAAUUCUUGGAUGCCGCUGCAAGUCCGAUGGACUACUUGCCGGAAAACAUAGGAGUGUGA